AUGGGCAACUCCAUUGGCGGGAAGCGGCGGAGGGCGCGGGUGAUGACGGUGGACGGCGCCACGUACAAGUACCGCCCCCCGGCCGCGGCCGGGGACGCGCUGCGUGACCACCCGGGCCACCACCACCUGCUGGAGUCGGAGGAGGUGCGGCGCCUGGGCGUGCGCGCGCGCCCGCUCGACCCGGACGCGCCGCUCAAGCCUGGGAAGCUCUACUUCCUCGUCGACCUGCCCAGCCUGUCGUCCUCCUCCUCCUCCUCCUCCUCGGCGCGCCGCCGCCCGCCGCCCCAGCGCACGUGGUCCGGCGCGCUCCAGGCCGGGGAGCGGCUGGAGAGCCUGAUGCUGGCGCGGCGGUCGGCGUCCGACGUGGCGGCGUCGGUGCUGACGUCCCCCGCGUCGUCCGUCGAGGCCGUAGCCGGCGACGGCGGCGGCGGCGGCGUGCGCCUGCGGGUGCGGCUCCCCAAGGCCGACGUCCAGCGGCUCGUCGAGGAGAGCCGCGACGCCGCCGACGCAGCAGAGAAGAUCAUGCAGCUCUGCGUCGCCCGGGACCAGCAGCGCCGGCACCACCGGUCCGCGCCCGCCACGCCCCUCGUCGUGCCCGUGCCCGUGGCGCCGCCGCUGCUGCCGGCGAUCAGCAACGCGUCGGCGAUGAGCUCAUCGCGCAAGGAUUUCGAUGACAGCAAGCCCGCGGCAACCGGCAAGAAAGAGAAACGGGCGAGGUUCGUGACGGUGCCGGACGAGAUCAUCGGCUUCUGA